AUGCAACACGUGCAUACGGCCAACGAGGUGAUCAAGAAGGCUACGCAGACUGUCUACAAGGCCAGUUUUAAGAAGUUUUCCGAUUUUUGCAUCACUAACGGCUACCCCGACCCACGUCACGAGUGCCACUACAAACUACCCGUCGUUUUGAUAGCAUAUUUGCAGAGUAUCUCGGCUUCCAGUUCCAUUUCACUGCAAACAGCUGAGAAGGCGAGAUCUGCGGUCGCCAGCUACUAUUCUUCUCACCAAAACAGCAACGGAACCAAUGUCAACACGUGGAGUAUACGCGAGGACGAGUCUGGAGAAAACCGCGGAUACGGAAAUCCUGCUCGAGACCCGUUUGUGCGUCAAUUCCUGCGUCGGCUCAAGAAGAAGAAAGUGUGGUGGAGUGGGGGUCGCAAAAGCACGUUGCGAUCCACUCUGACACACAGUGCCCUGGACUGCGACUAA